AUGUCAUCAAGACCAGUGUUAGGCUGCAAGGACGCCAUGGAUUUCGGACCAAAGGAAACGGUAACGACUCGCCAAGGAGAUUGUCUCAUGCUAUGCAUCUACAACGCGAGUACAGUUUCCACCAACGCCGAUUUCCACGUCCUUCGCGAAAUUGCAGAGCGUAUCCACUACCACGUAAUCGCCUUGCAGGAAACAAAGUCCAGGAAGACGGACGUGAGGCAGCUGAGUGUGUCACAAUCAUCAUUGGUGGUGAGAAAGUUCCAUCACGGAACGUUGGAGGCGUUAGAUUUGUCGUACACUCAUCUGUUUUCCAUCUUGUCAAUUCGCAUGAGAUCCUAUCACCUCGCCUGGCUAUCUUUCGAUUCCGUCCUCUGCGUCACCAACACUAUCAUCAACUGUUAUCCUCCAACAUCAGCAGCUAAUGAUUUCAAACUUGACGCUUUUUAUGAGAUUGGAGAAAGUCAUCGGCAAAGAAAACUCCUCCUAUUAUUUCGUCGUGGGUGA